AUGUCUGACGAAGAAAUUUACAUCAGCUUGGAUGAAGCCACUAUCAAUGAAAAUUUUGAUAUCCUUAGUGAUAUUGAGAAUGAUAUAUGGUACAUGAACCCAGAAUAUCUUGAUUAUUACAUAGAAAAAAUCUUAACAUUCCUUCGAACUAAUGUUAGAAUGGGAAUUUAUAUUUUAGAAUCAAUCUCAAAUGCAUUUUUAAAUAAUCCAAGACUCAUUGUUGAAUAUGGUCGCAUGUAUCAAGCAGUUUAUGGAAUUGCUCCAUAUAAUAAAGCGAAAUAUCUCUUCGAGCACUAUCUUUAUCUAGAGAAGACGUUUGAUUAUCAGAUAAGAACAUCAUGCUCACUCACUUUAGAAGAAACUCUUGAAAUUUAUUCAGAUAAAAAACAAAGAAUGAUUUUUGAUGAUGAUUUCGACAGUUUAUAUCAUGCAAUAAGUAAUGAUCAAUUCAGCAUUAGUGAUGACUUCAAUCUCAGACCAUUAUGUCCAGGAGAACUCUCUUUAAUCAAUGCAGCAGCGAGAUUUAAUGCUCCAGCCAUUUUCAAGUUCAUUUAUAUGAAUCAUACUUUGAUAAAUGAAGAAACAUUGUAUAACGCAGUUCUCGGUGGCAACUUAGAGAUUAUUAGAAUCGUUAUGCAGACAGUUACUAACACAUCGAAAGCCAUGAAAGCAGCAAUCAUUAGUCAUAGAACAGAUAUAAUGCAAUUUUUAAUUGAAAAUUUUGAUCAAGCAAUUGAUCCAGGCGAUGCAUUGGAAUACGGUAACACGAAGGCAUUUUGUUAUGCAUAUAGUAAGUACGCAUUUGAUUAUCUUACUUAUUUGCAGUUUGCGGGAUUAAGUUCGAAUUGUUUCGCUUUCGAAAUGAUGCUUCGAAUAAUUCAAAAAAAGACAAUGUUGAAUUUUGAUACUUUGCAGAAUAUUUUCAUUGGAAUAUGCAAAGGUGGAUCAAUGCAUCUCUUCAAAUUAUUCUUUAAAAACUUUGGCUUCAGAUCUUACGUGAAUGGUGCCGUUGUUUGUGCGAAAUAUGAUAAUUUUGAAAUUUUGUCAGAAAUUAUCAAAAAAGAUAAAAAAGUUGCAUUAGAUCAAAAUUGUAUAAAUUAUGCAUGUUUAGAGGGAAGUUACCGUUGUAUAGAACUACUUCUGAAGAAUGGUGCUGAUAUUACAUUGGAUUCAAUUGAAGCAACAAUGAGAAUUGGAAGUUUGAAAUGUUUCGAGUUAAUUUUCAGUAAAUACAUGGAAAAAUUCAAAAAUAGAGUUGGAAAACUAACAGUUAAUUCAAUGAAUGAACUUAUGACAAGUAUUGCAAGUAAUGAUAAUGUUGAUUUUAUGAAUAUUUACUUGAAAUAUUCAUCUGAUUAUUGGAAUUCUCACAAGCUUUUGGAUCCUUAUCAGUUUCUUAAUUUGGCUGCUUUAUAUAAUUCUCCUAAUAUAAUGAGAGAAUUAUUUAGUCUUAGUUAUAAACCAGGAAGUUAUGUUGAAAUGAUGAUGUCAUGUCUGAAAAGCUCAAGUUUAGAAUGCUUGAAAAUUCUUGUUGAAAAUGGUGCAAACGUAAAUGAAGUUAAUGCUCAAGGAUACACUGUUUUAAUGCAUUCUGUGCUCCUUAACAAUGUGGAGUUUGUUUCAUAUUUGUUGUCAAUUGAUGCUUCUGUUUGGAUUAAAAACAAAUAUGGCGAAACUUGCUACAAAAUGGCUCGAAUCAAAGAAUUUAAAGAUUUAAAAAUUAUGAUUUUGGAAUCAAUCCCACGACCAUUACUUCCGCUUUUCUACCUUGUUGAAAGCCAAAAUAUUAGAUAUGCAGUUAUUUUCUUUAUAUUUGUGUUUGGUCUUAUUUUAGCUUUAAUAUUUUAA